AUGCCUUUGCCUCACGGUGUGCCUGACUGGCGAGUCUGCCGUCUCCACGGCUUUCCCUUUUUCGGGCUGCUCCUCAAGCCUUCGAGUGCCGAUCUUCGCUUGGGCCGGCUCCGAGGCUCUACCCUGGCUUUUCAUUGGUUUCUCCCAGGGGCCUUUAUCGUUCGUAUCGCGCGCGCAUCUUCAAGCAAUCGGGGGAGGCGCCGAGUACAUAGACGAGGCGGUCCCGGGAAUGAAAGUCCAUUCCCUCGUGCUCUGGGACUUCUUCGGUUGAACAAAAAAGGUUCAAUCUUGUUCAACCGUAGCGUAGGCGAAACCUGGCAGCCCGCCCAGAGUUUGACCUUCUCCGGUCCUGGAAGGAAACCCGACUUUCCUUCCUUCCCCCAGCAGGCAAGAAGACUGGGAGGAAGACGAUCAGGAUCUCACGUAUGGCAGCUGUUGGAACAAACUCCGAAGCCAAAAGGUACCUACCUAGAAAAAAAGGAAACUCACCACUCACUGGUGAAAGAGGAGAGAGAAAGGACCAAUUGGUGGAGUCCAGUCCCCGGAGGACAGAAUAGCACUACUUAG